GUAUUAUCAGUCCCCGUGCACCGGAAAGUUACAAAUCCCUAAUCCGACAGUAAUUACUUCCCUGAUCCAGCCCCAGAAUAGCACAUUCAAGUUCCACCGCAGCAGUUCCUCAUUCCCUAUUUGUGGGUUCGCUUCUCCGUUUCAAUUUUUCUCCACGCAACAUUGCUUCUGAUCCACAAAACCAAUCGAUCAGUGUUAUAAUUGUUCAUCUCGUCGUCCCGAUUCCCUUCGUCCCCACUCGCAAGCUUUUCUGUCCUGUGACCUUCGCCAUUUCCUGUAAUGGUCUGACAAUUACGGCUCCUUCGUGUUUCUGUCUGUAAUGUCGUCGUAGAUUCUGGAAGGUUCUCUUCAACUGCUGAAGAAGAGCUUUGGCUCAUCUGCAUGUUCCUUCUUGGAGUCGGGCAUUAGGGAAUUGAGCUACUCUCGUUUGGUUGAUAGUUGAUUCGAGGAGUGGGGAAGAAUUAAGGUAAAGGAACGAACUGGGUUGUUCAGAUAGGUGUAAUGGCGGGAAGGGAAGUGCGAGAAUACACCAAUCUCACCGACCCCAAAGAUAAGAAAUGGGGAAAGGGGAAAGAUAAAACAGACGAUGAAGAUGUCACCUUUCAGCGCAUGGUUGCAAAGGUUAGCGCAUCGCCUCUCCUAAUCCUGAUCUUGAUCUCACCAAUCAUUAUUUUGAAUCUGGUAUUUAGCUCUGUUAAAUGUGAUAAAGUUCAAUUGCAAGCCUGUUUAACACUAGAAUGGAUAGUUACGGUAGAGAACAAAGAGGAUGGAGAUCACACAAGUAGGAGUUAGAUAUUUUUGGUUGUUUUGCAGAACGAAAAGCUUUAAUAUCUGAUGAUAGCAUUUCUCAGCAAAUUGGGUUAUUAACGGAGUAGUGCUUAAAACAUAGACUGAUGGAGUUGUCAAUUCAGGUGCAUGGUUCUGAUUUCUGAAAUAGCGUAGGCUACUGCUCUACAUCUAGUCGUUUGAUGGCAGGUGUCUUAUGUUGGUAACUUAUAAUUUUUGUAAAACUCCUCGAGUAUUUUUCUGAUAACAUGCCCUGACAGGGAUCCUGGCUUGUCCUAUGGGGCUGAUAACUUGGCCAGAUGCAAGAAGUUGCUGGAGAACGUGGAGGCUAUCUUCAUGGGCGAGGCGCUUUGGACAGUGACGACCUGCUUUACCUCAAGGAGCAAAUGGAAGCUGAAGAGGAUGCUGAAAGGCUCCUAAGGCGCACAGAAAAAAGAGCAUUUGCUGCGUUCAAAAAAGCUGCAACCUUGGCAGAUACUACACCAGCAACAGUUCCAUUACCACUUCGCGUGGAGCCCAAACCGAAGAGUGGCAUAAGGCAGCAGGAUCUACUGAAAAAAGUGGUGGAAGUUAAACCCAAACGUCCCAGAGUUUCAAGCAAUCAUGGUUCAGAAGAUCUGAAGCACGAGAAAUGCCGGGAGACGAAAGAAGAAGAGUCUGAUGUAUCAACAUCAUUCAAAUCGGACUGUGAAAGUAGUAAGCAAACAAAACUUGAAGCAGAGGGAAAUCCUGUUAAAAGCUUACUAGGUUUAGCAUAUGAAAGUUCUGAUGAGGAAGAGGAUUGAGGAGAAAUGCUGCGAAGCCCCGUUGUUAUGUUGUUACGAUAGCAUUGUUCUUAUGGUGUUGACAUGCCUCAUGAAAAUAUUUACUCAUGGCGCCAUGUUACAAUGUCACUCACGUUGGACUGACAAUUUUGCGACGCGUAAGUAGUAAAAGUAUCGAGCUGAUUUAUGCGGCUGCGUGUGUUUUCUUUCUCUGUGAUUAUACGCUCACUAUCUCGACAGUGUUUUCGAGCAAUUUAAAAGCUUUGAUGGG